AUGUCCGACAAGAAAGAUCUCGCAGUUGGAAUCGUCGAUUUCCUCAAAACCUCCGUCUCCGACGGCACCAUCCCCGAAGACGACCACGAAUCGGUCCAGGUCGCCAUUGACUGUCUGGAGGACGUGUUCAAGAUUGAGGGUGUUUCCAAGGACUCGGUUCUGGGCAAGCAGACUCUUUUGGACAUCUUCAAGAACCGAUCCAACUCGGCUUCCACCGCCGGUGCCGACAAGUCCUCCCCUGCACUCGAGGCUGCCGCUGCCAAGAUGGCUGCCGCCACUGCGGUUCUGACUGAGGAGCAGAAGACCCAGGCCGACAAGCUCAAGCUGGAGGGCAACAAGGCGCUGUCGCAACGAAACUUCGAAGAGUCCAUCGAUCUGUACACCCAGGCCAUCGACAUCGACGCGAACAACGCCGUCUACUACUCCAACCGAGCCGCCGCCUACUCCCAGCUCCAGCUCCACGAUAAUGCCAUUGCCGACGCUGACGCCGCCAUUCGAGUUGAUCCCAACUACUCCAAGGCCUACUCGCGUCUGGGACUGGCAAAGUACGCCUCCGGUGACGCCCAGGGCGCGCUGGAGGCCUACGAGAUGGGCAUGAAGGUCGAGGGCGACAAUGUCUCCGACGCCAUGAAGCGGGGCUACGAGACCGCCAAGAAGCGAGUCGAUGAGGAGGCCGUCGCCACCCGGGACGCCCCCGCUGAGGGUGGAGCCGCUGGAGGAGCUGGAGGAGCUCCCGCUGGUUUCCCCGAUCUCGGAGCUCUCGGUUCCAUGUUUGGCGGUGGUGCUGGAGGCGGAAUGCCCGAUCUGGCUGGUCUCAUGAACAACCCCGCCGUGGCCCAGAUGGCCCAGAAGUUCAUGUCCGACCCCAAUGCGCUCAACAACCUGAUGAGCAACCCUGCUGUGGCUAACAUGGCUCAGCGAAUGCAGGGCGGCAACAUGCCCUCCAUGAGUGAGAUGAUGAACGACCCUGCUUUGCGAGAGAUGGCCAGCAAGUUUGGCGGCGCUGGAGGUGCUGGAGGUGCUGGAGGACAGUAA